AUGACUACGUCGAGCCUUGGGACGCUCGACUUCCUGAAGCAGUGGGGCGUCUCGCGCGAGGCGUGCCUGUUCGAGUCCAACACCAGCUUCGACGUGACCCUGGUAUGCCACGAGGCUCGCAGCGUGGACGUGAGCCACGGCGACCAGCUGUUCGUCUCGGUGCGGGUGGCGCAGAAGGUCCACGCGGAGGAGGCGCGCGCGGCGAUCGGCGCGGCCUGCCAGCUGAAGGCGGUGGAUGUGGACACCAACUUGCUGCUGUGCCUGUGGGCAGCCAGAGAUGAGGCGUCUUCGAGGGACGAGGCCAGGAGGCGUGCCUGUGGCGAGCUGCAUAUCCCCCUGCACCGGCUGGCCACGCACUUCGACGGUAUGCUCUACCAGACCUGGGUGACCCUCGACCUCCCGGGGCUGAACGACUCCGUCGCGUCCAUCGGCUUCGGCGGCGAGGACGGCGCCUUCGACCAGAGGCUUGCGGAGGGCGCGCGGCAGAACCUCCAGCCGAGGAUAUGCCUGUCCAUCUGCAAGACGUCGGAACUUCCAGCCUCGGGGAAGCUGCUGCUGCAAGUCGACGCCGCCGACGCGUCCCGCGAGAGACAAUGGGGGCCGCUGCUGAAGUCCCAACAGCAGCACUCCGUGCUCAGCAAGGUGCUCCACUUGCAACUGUCGACGGCAGUCGAAUCCCCCGACGCCGUGGAGCAGACAGCGCGGACCACCAGCAAGCUGCGGGAGGUCCAGGACAGGGCUGCGGCGCAGCGCGACGACCUCGCGCAGGUGCGGCGGAGCCUCGAGGAGGCCAACGCGCGUCUGGCUGACGAGAGGACGGCAGCGUCGCGUAGCAGCGAUGGCCCCCUGACCGAAGCCGACGGCAAGGUGCCACCGCCGUUCCAAGAGCACGGCCGCGCGUCGGCGGACGGGGCGUCCGCCGCGCAGACGGCGCGGCGGCAGGCCGAGGUAGAACGCCUUCGCGAAGAGUCGGCGAAAGUCAGCCUCGAGGCCAACCAGAAGAUCGACGCCGCGAAUGAGCGCAUCCGGACCUUGAGGCGGGAGCGUGACGAGGCCCGGGCGGAGGCCGAGCGCACGCAGCAGGAGGUGAAGCAGCUUAACGAUCACCAGGCCGAGUUGCAGGAGGAGACCCACCAGCUCUCCCAGCAAAUCCAGGACCUGCUGAAAAUCGUGGAGGACUUGCACGACUCCUGCGUGGGGAGCGGGCAGGAUUACCUGGACAACAUGAGGCAGUCCAUCGACAGCAUCACGAAGAACUUCCAGUUCAGAUGA